UCAGCCCUGCGUGACGUGUCAUUGUGGAGCGAGCGAAUGCGUCGGCCGAUGGAGCAGAUGUACGGUGCUCAGUAUUUCCCGACGUGGGAGAGAUGGGUGGACGGCAUCAGCCAGUUUAUACACAACCCACAAGGCAGUAUCUGUGUGGACGUACUGCCGCAGAUCUGCUGUCCCACACUGAUCCUCCACGGGGCCCAAGACCCGGUGGUGCCUGCAUAUCACCCUCAGCUCCUCCAGGAUAGCAUCAGCGGCUCCAGGCUUCAUGUGUUUCCGAAAGGGAAGCAUAAUAUCCAUCUGCGAUACUCUGCUGAGUUCAACACACUGGUGGAGCAGUUUCUCAAUGAGUGAAGGAGAUCACGGCCGUCUGAUGUCCUAAAAAAACAAGGUGUUUAUUUGUUUACUGGUGUUUUCAUAAAAGGAUUGUCGCCAUUUGAUCAUCUGUAUGCUUUCAGUUUAAUAUCUGUGUGAACUGGAAGACUUAUAUUUCAGUAUGGUCAUGUAUUUAUAACUCGAAUAGAAUAUUGAGUAGGGGGCGGGGCUUUAUUUUGGAGCUCUGCCUUGUAGCUUCAAAGUAAAAUCGAAUGAUUGGAGGGGGCGUGGCUCAGCAUAUUUCAGCCAAUCAGAGUCUUCAGAGAAUACUGCUGUGUUCCAGAGCAGAUGAGCAGGCUUUGACUUAAAGAUUACUGAAACAAACUGUUUAUUUCAGUGGCUUAAUUUAGGCAGAUUAAUUAUUCAUUUUUAGACUUAAUAAUAUAAUAUAAUAUGCAGUAGAAAGAUAACAUUGUACAUUUUGAUUUCAUGUGUAGUUUAC